UUAAAGAUAUCCAUUUUCCUAAAAGUUACGAGGGGAAAAAAUCGGAUCGUGUGAAUAUUCCGAAAGUCCUCUCCCUCCGUCCCCGAGUCGUUGGUGCAAUUUUUGUUUUCGAUUCGUUUAAUACACAUUUUUUUAACACCUAUUACAUUUGUUUUUUUCUUGCUUUGGCGACCGGGAAUUAAAGUAAACAUUAACCACAGUAUGUAUGUAUACACGAUGGGAUCCUUUCAGUUUCUGUCUACCAAAUCCACUCGCCCAAGGUACCGCGGUGUAGGACCGAACCCAGAAUCAUGUGGACGGAAAAUAAACUUACAACACAAACUACGUUUAUUUCAAGGGAGAUCACUGUAAUGUCAAGUAUUUUGACGAGUCUGCGCAGACGGUGUUUCAGCUGUCAAACUGCUUCCGGUUGCAGGUGCGAUCGAAACUUCAGACUGAGUCCCCGGAGUUUAAGGAAUACAUUAAAAUGUCUUUUUUUAUACGGAACGAUAAACCUUUAAAGAAACGGAAACUGCAAGAUACAAAACGUCGCAAGGAUAAUAAGGACAUUAAACAAACACAAGAACCUACGCAGAUCACCAAUAAUAAGCAGGAAGAAGAAAUUGAAUCAGACAGUGAUGUUGAAUACAAGUUACCAUCGGAUGAGGGUGGUUCAUCAGAUGAAGAAACGGCUCAGGAGAAAAAGAUUCGUUUGGCUAAAAAAUAUUUGGCUGAAUUGAAAAGUGAGGGUGUUGGAGAUGACGAGGGCGAAAGUGAUGAUGAUAAAAGAGAUGCUAUCAGUGACAGAUUGAAACAUGAUUUUUUAGAACAGAGUGGGAAACUCAACAAACAAGUUGCAGAUGAGUAUCUUCCACCAGAAAGUUCUGAUAUUACAUACCUUAAAGGACACAAGCUACCAAUCACCUGUAUUGUAAUCACUCCAGAUAAUAACUAUAUUUUCAGUGCUUCCAAAGAUUGCUCCAUUAUCAAAUGUAAGCCUUUUGGAUCUUUUUUUUGUUGUCUUUUUCCAUGUAGCUUAUCUUUUGCAGUCUGUGUGUGUGUUCUUGUGAGUUCCUGUACAUUCAUGUUGUGGUUAUAUUUCCAAAUUUUGUCUUUAAAGGUGUCUGGUGACAAGAGUAAGUUAAUACACAUCUGGAAUCCAACCAAUUGUCAGCAUAUACAAACGUUUAAAGGUCACCGCGAUGCUAUCACAGGUUUAGCAUUCCGGAAGAAUACUCACCAGAUGUUUAGCUGUUCCCAAGACCGUUCUGUGAAAGUAUGGGAUUUAGACCAGAUGUCUUAUGUUGAAACACUUUUUGGCCACCAAGACACAAUAACUGGUAUCGACUGUCUGACAAGAGAGAGAGCUUUGACCUCUGGAGGUCGAGAUGGUUCCGUUCGUAUUUGGAAGAUUCUAGAAGAAUCGCAGUUAGUUUUCAAUGGUCACAAAGGUUCUAUUGAUUGCAUUUCACUAAUUAACGACUCGUGUUUUAUAUCUGGUGGAGAUGAUAAUUGUCUCUGCUUGUGGAAUGUGGCUAAGAAGAAGCCAGUAGCUGUCUGCGUAAAAGCCCAUUCUGGGGCAAAGGACGGUGUAAAUACAAUGGCUGGCGAAAACUGGAUAUCAUCCGUUGCAGCUAUGCAGCACACGGAUUUGGUUGCAUCAGGUUCUAAAGAUGGCUUCCUUCGUUUCUGGAAAUGUGGACAAGGCUUUAAGAAUCUCAAAUCUUUGUUCACCGUUCAAAUUCCUGGGUUCAUCAAUUGCAUCCAAUUUUCCAAAGAUGGGUCUUUUGUUGCAGCUGGCGUCGGUCAAGAACACAAAUCUGGUAGAUGGUGGCGAAUAAAAGAAGCAAAGAAUGCUGUUUGUAUAAUCAAGUUACGGACAUCUUAGUAACGAGAUUACUUCUUCAAACUGUGUAAAUAUUUCGCCUUGUUUAUACAAAAUUGGACUCCAUAAAUAAAAGUUGUACAAACAGACAAAAAAUAAGCAUUAUAUAAAAGAAGGAAGCUAUUUUUAA